AUGGGUUCUUCCUCUGGGCAACCCGAAUUCGAUUACUUGUUCAAAGUUUUGUUGAUCGGAGAUUCUGGUGUUGGCAAGAGCUCUCUAUUGUUGAGUUUCACUUCUAAUACUUUUGAUGAUCUUUCUCCUACAAUCGGUGUGGAUUUUAAGGUCAAGUAUCUUACCAUCGGCGACAAGAAACUCAAGCUUGCGAUUUGGGACACAGCUGGGCAAGAGAGGUUUAGGACGCUAACAAGUUCGUAUUACAGAGGAGCUCAGGGUAUAAUAAUGGUAUAUGAUGUGACACGACGAGAAACUUUCACGAAUCUAUCGGAUAUAUGGGCGAAGGAAAUCGACCUCUACUCGACGAAUCAGGAUUGCAUCAAGAUGCUUGUUGGGAAUAAAGUCGAUAAGGAGAGUGAAAGGGCUGUCUCUAAGAAAGAAGGCAUUGAUUUUGCUCGGGAGUACGGAUGUCUGUUUCUCGAGUGUAGUGCUAAGACUCGGGUCAAUGUUGAGCAAUGCUUUGAAGAGCUUGUUCUUAAGAUUUUGGAAACACCGAGUCUUUUGGCGGAAGGUUCAUCUGGAGGGAAGAAGAACAUCUUCAAACAAAACCCAGCACAGACCAGCAGUGCCUCAUCGAGCUACUGCUGCUCGUCUUAG